GUCUUAUCUGCUAACAAAUGGGAAGAUGCAGAUUUGGGAGACGAGAAACGGAAAGAAAAGUUCCUUAAGUUAAUGGGUGCAGCUAAAAAGGAACACAAAGGACGCUUCGUCAUCGGCGAUACGGAUCCUAAAGAUUCUGCUUUGCAUAAUCGCUCAAAGAAGGAAAUAGAGACCUUGGAGAGUGUGCUUGAAUCGCAGUUCACUCAGUGCAUCAGUGAACACUUGAAGCAUCGCGACAAACGACGACGAGGACUCGGCUAUGAGGGGUCAGACAGCGGCUUGCCAAAGAAUGACAGCUUCAGCACCUUGGUUGACACCAAAACCGCUGCUAGCGUUGAAAAUGGCGAAUGCUGA